UUUCAUAUACAUGUAUUUAUAGUAAAAUUAGAUCUCAUGUCCUUUAAAAUAUAAAUAAUUAUGCUUAAUAUAUUCUUAAUCAACAACUUUUUGAUUAGAACCCCAGCAAUGGAGACUUUCUACUUCCUUUUAUUUAUUUAAUUAUAUCUUAAAAUUCCAAUUGGCGUGUCUAUGGCGGCUCUCCAAACCCUUCAAUUUUGACUCUUCAAAAAACUCACAUAUUGAAUAUUUCAAUUUAGGAACUUUCGUAUAUAGAAGAAUAUAUAGCCAUAUAUGAUGAUGAGAGUUCAUCUUCAGAGCUUUCAUUUUCAAACCCAUAAAAUCUCCAGUACUACUGUUCUCUAACAAAUUACAUAAUGGGUAGAAUUAUGCAACUACAAGAGUCUUCUUCUCGGCUCCAUAGCCGAACCAUCACCAAGCUCAGAAUAUUAUCAGCUCUUUUAGUUGUCGUAGGAUUACUCUUCGUUGUUUUCUCAGAUGGUUUUAUGAUCUUCACUACUAAUUCUUUGAAUAAAAACAGAGACAGAGAUAUCAUUACUUCUUCUUCUAAGGUUCUAAUAAUUAAAUCUGCUAUUAUCAAACAGAGUAGUUUUCGUCUUUAUUCCGUACAAGACGACAAUCAAAACGACGAUGAAAAUACCAAAACGACGAAGACCGUAAUCAAUCCUUUUGUUCCACCCUUUAAUUCUACAGAGAGUGAAAGAAUAGCUUGGUUUCAGAAGAAAUUGCCGGAGCUCCAUAUUUUCAAAUCGGAUAAAGCAAGCAAGAAAUUCCACAGUCGGGUUUUACAAUUUUUUGACCCGAGUUGCGAAGUUCGGGUCUUCAUGACGUGGAUUUCUCCAGCGACGUCGUUUGGUAACCGUGAAUUAUUGUGUGUUGAGAGUCUCUUCAAGGCCCAUCCAAAAGGGUGUUUGAUUAUUCUUUCGAGAACUCUUGACUCCGUUACAGGUUACAGAAUCCUUAAACCACUAAUCGAUCGUCGUUUCAAGGUUCAACCCGUUACACCUGAGUUGUCGUUUUUGUUAAACGACACUCCCGCGGAGGCUUGGUUAAACGACAUUAAAAAUGGGAAUAGAGAUCCGGGUGAGAUUCCUUUGGCUCAGAACUUGUCUAAUCUUAUGAGACUUGCUGUUUUGUACAAAUACGGCGGCGUUUAUUUAGAUACAGAUUUUGUCGUUUUGAAGCCUUUAAAUGGGUUGAGAAACUCUAUUGGAGCACAGAGUAUUGAUGUGGGGUCCAAAAACUGGUCGAGAUUAAACAAUGCUGUUUUGAUCUUUGAUAUGAAUCAUCCACUUCUGUUGAAGUUUUUAGAGGAAUUUGCUUCAACUUUUGAUGGGAAUAAGUGGGGUUAUAAUGGACCUUACUUGGUCUCUAGGGUGGUCCGUAGAGUGCAGACAAGUCCUGAACAACUCAACUUUACAAUCCUAUCUCCUAUGGCCUUUUAUCCAGUAGACUGGACUAAGAUUGGUGGGCUUUUUCAGAAGCCCAAAAAUGAGGCCCAAUCCAAAUGGGUGAAAGCCAAGUUGCGUCAGCUUAGUGGAGAGGCUUAUGGAGUUCACUUGUGGAAUAAACAGAGCAACAAAUUGUUGAUUGAAGAAGGUAGCAUUAUUGGGAAGUUAAUCUCAGACCAUUGUAUCUUUUGUAUAAAUGUUUAUACUUAUAGAAAGAAACUUUUACUUUCAUAAAAACUCAUGAAAUUUCAGCCUCAGCCUCUUCAUCAUGUACAUGUACAAAUACGCAAAUUUUGAGAAUGUUAUACAGUCUCAUUUGUUGAUAAGACUUUUUUUUAUUCAAAUUUGUUUGUAAGUUCA